UCCUCAGAAUCCACUUGUACUUCAUUGUGCUCAUAUUUCAAGCGUAGUCAUUAAUUCUUUGAGAAACGUUUUAUAAUGUUGCCUGCGACGUUCAAACUGUGUGCUGGCAUUUCCUACAGGCACAUGAGGAACAUGACAGGUUUGAGGAAGAAUGCAAUGAUUGCAAUCCACCACGAGCUGAACAAGCUUUCUGGUCCGGGUCCAAGUGCUUGGAUCAAGCAUAUCCGAAGAAGGAGCUCCCUGCUAAGCAGCCGCAUUGUAGAGGAGACGUACAGUGAGGCAGAGCAGUGUUACGUGCAGCAGGGACAAGAAGCUCUGCAGAAGUCCAUUAGCAUCCUCGCUGACCAGGACGGCUGGCAAACAGAGAUAGAGAACGCCAAUGGAGAUAAAGUGAUGAGUAAAGUAUUACCAGACGUAGGAAAGGUUUUCAAGCUAGAAGUGCUGCUAGAUCAGCAAACCGAUGAUCUUUAUGAAGAGCUUGUGGAUAACAUGGAACAAAUGGGGGAGUGGAACCCAAACGUCAAACAAGUCAAGAUCCUGCAGAAAAUAGGUGCUGACACUAUGAUCACGCAUGAGGUUUCCGCCGAAACACCUGGGAACGUGGUGGGCCCUAGAGACUUUGUAAGUGUCCGUUGUGCUAAGCGGAGGGGCUCUACGUGCUUCCUAGCCGGGAUGUCCACUCACCAUACUGGAAUGCCUAAGCAGAGAGGAUUUGUACGGGCUGAGAAUGGACCCACCUGCAUUGUGAUGCGACCGAGCGCAGAUGAUCCCAAUAAAACAAAGUUUACCUGGUUGCUCAGUUUAGAUCUGAAGGGUUGGAUCCCAAAGACCAUCAUCAACCGGGUACUUUCUCAGACCCAAGUGGAUUUCGCUAACCACCUCAGACACAGAAUGGCACCCGGUGGAGGUCCGCAAGCACCCAUAGCUUGCUAACAUCCAAGCUGAUACACCUGAAGCCAUAAUAAUGGCCAAACUAUCAAAACCAUUCUUAUCACAGAUUACACUUUUCAUUUCUGCACAAAACUUUACAGGGUCAGCCUCACUGCAAUAUUCUUUCCCAUUUUCUUAUAAAUUAGUUCAAUGGUCUAACAAAAUAUGCUGCUCUUUGUUAGGUCCACAUCAAUGCAUUGUAAGAAAUAACAGUGUUGUUCUGUUAUCAGUGGAUAUUUGUUGCACAAAAUUGUGAUAAAUCAGCAAGGGAUGGCAGGGGUUACUGGGUCAUUGCAAUGGAGUUUAGUAUGAGUUUAGAUUUAUGAAGUAAUGAACUAGUUCCACUGUCAACUCAAAUUUGUGGCUGAUGCUUCCUCAAACUCAGCCAUACUUCUGCAUUUUUCCUGUAAUACACCCCUCCAUGAAAUAUUAUUCUUGAGCUUAUAGUUCCUAUUUCAUUAUUGUUUGUAAAAAGAGAAGUAUUUAUUUUAAAUUAAUAUUAUCGCAUCACCCUGGAACAGGAUGUCUGCUUAAUGAAUAUUCAUUAAAACUAUUCAAAUGAUAAA